UUUUUUUUUUUUCUGACUCCCUUGUCUGAUACUGGUCCCAUCUAUUCACCUUUAUAUCAUCUCAACAUGUUCAACUUACAACAACGAUUAAAUGUUGUCGCGUCAUUUGCUAUGACAUCUCUUGGUUGUGUGCUAGCUGUCAUUGCUGCUAUCUCUGCAUUCACAUCUUAUGGUAUGCCUACUGGUGCUCUUAAAGUGGAUCCCAAUACUUUUCGCGUAGUGACUAGACGAUAUGGACCUGAUCAUUAUGAUUAUAGAAAUUCAAAAAGUGAAUUUGCACGACUUGCUUUUGACCUUGAUGCUGAUUUUACACCUUUAUUUAAUUGGAAUACCAAACAAAUCUUUGUAUCUGUGGUGGCUGAAUAUGAAUCCAAAACUCAUAAUCGAAACAAGAUUGUCUUAUGGGAUCGUAUCAUUACUGAUAGGAACAAUGCCAAUCUUCAAUUACGCAACAUUCCCAACAAAUAUGCAUUGAUUGAUGUCAGUCGAAAGUGGAGUCAACAACAAGCAAACUUGUCUUUACAUUGGGAUAUCACUCCUCAUGUGGGUCUUCUUCAAAGUGGCCAAUCCCCUGAAGCUUUAGCUAAUAUCGUCUUAUCACCUGCCCCUCAGAAAUAACCUCUCUUUUUUUUUUUCCUUUCUCCAAUAUAUCCAUUCCCAUAUGUGUAUUGCUUUUUUUUAAAAUGGAAAUAAACGCUCUGAUGCUUCUUUGAGCUUUUUUUUUUU